AUGGUAGACGCUUCGGGGCGAUCUGGAGGCCUCAUAAAUAUGUGGAACCCUAAGAUUUUCAGGAAAAUCUCGGCUGAUUCAGAUUCGAAUUAUCUUCUUACUUCGGGUUUUUUGGUCGAAGACGGGUCACAGUUAAAUGUGUUGAAUGUAUAUGCGCCCCAAAAUGUGGUUGCGAAAAGAAAUCUUUGGGGCAAAUUAAAAGCUAUUAUCAAUGGUACUCAAGGUAUGUGGAUUGUAUUGGGGGAUUUUAACGCAGUUCGUUGUACAGAAGAAAGAAAGAAUUCUAGAUUUAACAUUACGUGUGCUUCAGAUUUUAAUUCUUUCAUCGAUGAGGCAGAUCUUCAGGAGUAUUUUAUGAGGGGAAGCAGGUUUACUCAUGUGGCAGUUAAUAAUGGUAAUGUCAAGUUGAGCAAAAUUGAUCGUGUGUUGGUGUGUCAAAAUUUCUUUAAUAGGUGGCCAUUGGCGUGUUUGAGAUCUCUCCCGAGAGAGAUGUCCGAUCAUACUCCUUUACUUUUAACGUUGGUGGAUUCUAAUUUUGGGUACAAACCGUUUCGUUGGUUCAAUUCUUGGUUAGAGAGAGAGGGAUGCCAGGAGGUGGUGAUCAAGGCAUAUUCGGAUUGUUCGGUUAAGGGGCGACCAGAUGUGGUUAUCACAACUAAGCUGAAGUGUGUCAAGGAGGCGAUUCGGAAGUGGUGGUCUGUUGCCAUUAAAAAAGAGGGUGAGGAGUUGGAAAAUUAUAAGAAUGAAAUUCAAAAAUUGGAGACCAUAAUGGAAGAGAGGGAUUUGGAGGAAGAUGAGGUUUGGGUUUGGGAGGAAUGUAAAAAAGGGUGGCUCAAGUUAAUCAGUGGAAGUGUAGAGAUUUACAUCAGAAAUUGUAACACCCGUUCCCGUUAUUACCAUACAUUCUAA